AUGCCGCCGUCCGCAUCCAAGAAGGGCACUGCACCCAGAGCUGCCCCUCGCGACCGUCGCUCUUCCUCUCGCCACAGCACACCCGUCUCCUCCCUUACCGACAACACCGCCCCACCAACCCCACUGACUGCGACACCCACCACCGCCGUCCCGGUUGCUCCCAAGGAGUCCGCGUACCUCCACAUCAUCACCUCGGCUCUGGUUGCGGGCGACCCAAGCAUCGAACAGCUCCUCACCGGCACGAGCGCAAAGGGCGCCGAGCCGCCCUCCGCUAAGGAACUCCACGGCGUCCACGACCGCAUUCGUGAUGGCGUGAACAAGUUCAUGGGCAAGCGGAAUGAAGUCUGCGAUCGCGGGAUGCGGCAGUUGGCGGUGAAGCGGAAGGAGCGGCUGCAAUUGGAGAGGGAGGAAGAGGAGAGGGAAUUGGUGAAGAAGGAGCAGGAAGAGAAGAAGAAGAAGGCGAUCAAGGUGGAGAAGGCCGUGAGUCGGAAGCGGUCGCAUGAUGAGAUGGAGCUGGACUCGAAGGAGCAGAAGGCGAAGGAGAAGGAGAGCUUGCCGAGUGUGGGUGCGCAUGGAUUGGCAAGGCAAGAUGGGGUCGGAGUGCAUGAAGGUGCACCACCACCUCCAUCUCCACCUGUCCAGCCUGGCAUAGCUAUCAUUGAUCCCAUGGACACCGCAGCAUCACCAGCGGACGCAGAUUCUCCCGAUACGGACCCACCUACAGUUCCUCUGUAUGAACGCAUGUUUGGUAAAGACCCAACCAACUCCGACGAUCCAACCAUCUAUGACAUCCGCCCCAUUACCCCAAACAUGAGCGACGACGAUGUGCGCGAUAUCGUGAACGUGCUCCACUGGCCCAAAAGCGACUUGAAGGAUCUCACAGCUGGAGACCCACCCGAUCUGGAUUUGAGCAAUGCGAAGCCAACCAACCAGGUCGCGUUCAGCACUUUCCAAACGUAUGUGGAGCCUUUCAUCCGUCCGUUCACCGAGGAGGAUGUGAGUUUUUUGAAGGAACGCGGCGACAGGGUGACGCCCUACAUCAUCCCUAACCGCGGCACGAAAAGCUACAAGGAUGUUUGGGCGGCGGAGGACGGCUUGACGGGGAUAGAGCCUCCGGCCAAGCUGGAACUGAGCGCCAACGAAGCGAGAGGUAGCAUGGACGACAUGGACGACAAUACGGCUGAAACAGACGAAGUCAGCCUAGGUCCUGCGACGGAACGCCUCAUGGCGCUUCUCCGAGCCGCGCCCAGUGGCAACACGAAGAAGGAAGAAGACGCCGACGGCGACACGACGAUGGGCAACGGCGACGACACACAGGACGUUCCUACCACCGCCGGAGCAACCGAGGAGAAACAGGCGCCCGCAACAUGUCUCCCGCCCGAGGCGCCUCGUCUUCCCAACGCCCCGCCAAUGCCUGACUUCGAAACCUUAGAUCAGCGCCUGAUGCAAGAACUACGCUACGCGGGGCUCAUAGGACCCACCGAACAACCCAACUACGACGCCCACGCCGAUGACGAAGUGGCCGCUCGCCUGCGCACUUUACAAGCCGAACUCCGCCGCGUCGCGCGUCUGAACAACAUCCGCAAGGCGCGCGUGCUGGAGCUGACGGAAGAGCGCAUGGCGAUGCAGGAGUAUUCCAACAUUGCCGACGACCUCGACAAUCAAGUCAAUGCCGCGUAUCUCAAGCGUAAUCGUUCAUUGGCGAGUAAGCCGUCGAAGAAGGGUGCUAAUAAGGCGGGUCAGAGGGGCGUUGCGGGCGUCGGGAUGGUGGGGCAAAGGGGUGUGAGCGAUGGGGUGAGGGCGCUGAUGCAGAAGCGGAGGGAUUGGAUUGAGAUGGUUGGGCCGGUGGUGAAGUAUGGCAGGGCGGGCAUUCUGGGGGAGGGAGAGACGGUGUUUGAUGAGGAGAGCUUGAGGCGGUGUGAGAGAGGGGAGAGGGAGGCGGAGGUGGGAGAGGGUGAGGGUGAGUGA